GGACCUGAUGGCAGAGCCCGAGCCUGCUCCAGAGCUGCAGCUGGAUGAAGCUGGAGCAUCCUCAGCCCCGCAGGGAGCAGCUGCAGGCGCUGCUCCGCACCCGGACCUUUCGUGCAGCCCAGUAGACCCAGCGGUGGGCGUGGAGGUGACACCCCUGCAUGGGGGCAGCCCAGAUGCCUGCCGGGAGCUGCAGGCAGAGAGUGGGGAUGCUUCCUUGGAGCUAAACAUGCCAGAGCCCCAGCUGGAUGAUGUGGCUGGGGCCAGGAUCCUGCUGGAUGUGGAUGUGGCAGGAAUCCCGCUGGAUGUGGAUGCAGAGGGAGUAGGGAUCCCGCUGGAUGUGGAUGGGGCAGGCAUCCCGCUGGACGUGGGUGCAGAUGGAGUAGAGAUCCCACUGGAUGAGGAUGCAGGGAUCCCACUGUACAUGGACACAGAUGGGGCAGGGAUCCCUGGCGAUGCAGACGCAGAAGGGGCAGGGAUCACGCUGGACAUGGACGCGGAGAGGGCAGGCAGCCCCCUGGAUGUGGAUGGUGAGGAGCAUCAGUGCCUGACCCUGGAAGAGCUGGGGGACUACUUCCAAGAGUGCAUCGAAGCUGUCGAGCAGCUGGAGAAAGAAAGAGACAGCCUGAUCGCAGAGCUCGCCAAGCUCCGGGAGCCAGCGCUGCAGGAGAUCCGCCAUGCCCACGAGGAGAUCCAGGCAGCCUGCCGGCUGCUGGCCAAGGUGGAGCUGGAGAGGGACAACCUGAAGGAUGAGAUCCGGCAGAUCAAGCAGAAGCUGUUCAAGGUGACAAAGGAGUGCGUGGCUUGCCAGUACCAGCUGGAGAGCCGGCGGCACGACCUCUCCCAGCACGCUGCUUACCAGGGCGAGCUGGAGACCCAGGCUGGGCAGCUCUCUGGCGAACUGUCCCAGCUGAAGGAGACCUGCGAGAAGGAGAAGGAGGUUUUGAGGCAACGGCUGGAGAAUCCGCCCUGUCGUCAGGAUAACCUGUACCUGCAGGAGAGCCGCCGGCUCUCCAUGGAGUUUGAGAGCUUCGUGGCGGAGAGCCGGCGGGGACUGGAGGAGCACUACGAGCCCCAACUUCUGCGACUGCUGGAGAGACGCGAGGCAGGGGCGAAGGCGCUGCAGGAGAUGCAGGGGGAGAUCCAGGGGAUGAAGGAAGCCCUGCGGCCCUUGCAGGGGGAGGUCAGCCGGCUACGGCUGCAGAACCGGAGCCUGGAGGAACAGAUCAUCCUCGUCAAGCAGAAGCGGGAUGAAGAGGUCGGGCAGUACCGGGAACAGGUUGAGGAGCUGGAAGACAGGCUGAAGGAGCUGAAGAACGGGGUCCAGCUCCAGCAGCGCAAGAAUCAGGAACUGGAGGAGCUGAGGACCAGUCUCCACCGGGAGCUCUCCAUCUACAAGAGCUGCUUAGAAAUCUAUGGCCACCUUUGCAAAUCAGAAGACAAAGCAGACCAGGACUGCUAG